AUGGGCUUCCGACCAGACCGCGACAUCCCCGACCUGACCGGCAAAACCAUCCUCAUCACCGGAGGCAACGUCGGCCUAGGAAAGGCCUGUGUCCUCGAAUAUGCCCGUCACAAUCCCCGCCAAAUCUGGCUUGCUGCACGCAACCUAACCAAAGCCCAAGCGGCCGCCGAUUCAAUCAAAGAACAAGUGCCCGACGCCCCCAUCCACCUCCUCGAACUCGACCUCACCUCCUUCCACUCCAUCAAACAAGCCGCAGAAACAUUCACCACCUCAUCUCAAACCCUCGACAUCCUAAUGCUCAACGCCGGCAUCAUGGCCUCCCCUCCCGGCCAAACCAAAGACGGCUACGAAAUCCAAUUCGGCACAAACCACAUGGGCCACGCCCUCCUAACCAAACUCCUCCUCCCCGCGCUCGAGAAAACAGCCCACACCGGCGCAGACGUACGCAUCAUCUCCCUCGCCUCCGACGGCCACAGCUUCGCACCUCAAGGUGGCUUCCAAUUCGACACCCUCAAAACCCCCGGCGACAGUCUAGGCGCUUUCGCUCGAUACGGCCAAAGCAAACUAGCGAAUAUCCUCUGGACGCGACAACUAGCCCUAGAAUACCCUGCUUUAACCGUCGCCUCGAUCCACCCAGGAGUCGUGAGCACGAACCUGCUUAGUGGAGCCACCGACGCCCCCUGCUUCGCUCGAAUGUCCCUCCACGCAGCGAAUGCAAUGGGACUCCUCGCAACAGUGGAAAAGGGAAUCAGGAACCAGCUCUGGGCGUCUGUCUCCCCGCAGGUCAAAUCUGGAGAAUACUAUGAGCCCGUGGGGGUGUUGGGGAAGGCCAAGGCAACGGGGAAGGAUAUGGUCCUGGCGCGAAAGAUCUGGGAUUGGACGGAGGAGGAGUUAAACGGGUUUUUGGUGCGGUGUGAGGCGUGA